AUGAAUGAGUUGAAAAUUAAUUUCAAAAACAAGUUUAUCAGUAACACUUUUAUUAAUCAGAGUCUUAUUGAUGAAUACUAUGUUACUGAUUCUAAUGGUGUCACUGAGUGUGAUAUUGAAAUUACCGGAAUUGAUCCUACCUCUUACCCUGCACAUCUUGUGACACCAACUCCUCUCACUGAAAAUAUUAUUGCUUUUCCUAUCUCAAAUGGAGUGUUUCAUACUGUUCAUGAACAACUUAAGCAUUUUCCUGAUUGUAAUGCUUCUGUGAAUAAGUCCAAAUCUGAUAUUGAUGUCAGCUCCUCAUCUAUCACUGAUCAUAAUUUAUCUGACGCUGAGUCCAGUUGUGAUUCAAUGACUAACAAAAGGACUCAAAGUUCACUUGGUGGAUCUUACAAAUCUAAAUGUGCUAAGUCUAGAUAUGCUCACCAAGAAGAACUUUGGCAGUGCAUUGAGGAAUCCAUUCAUGUGAAGUUUGAUGAAGAGUCAUUCACUGAUGAAAAAGUAGCUCAUUCCUCUUCUAUCUUUCAUGAGCUGCUCUCUUGCCCAUAUGGUGAAGUUUAUCACCCUGAAGAAGAAGCUAUUAUUCCUGAUCCCAUCGUUCUAGAUCCCAGUUCUGUAAAUCAAGGUACUGUGGUCAGCACGACAACUCAUUUGUCCGAUACUGAUGAAACCCUUGAAGCUGAAGGUUCUCCUGCAACUGAUGUUCCUCUCAGUAAUAACACUUCAGUGUCAAAUCCAUUGGCAUCAGUAUCAGCUUCUGAACAUCGAGAUCACCCUGCUGAUCAAAUUAUUGGGAAUCUUCAUGAUGGUGUCCAAAUAUCUAAUAAUUUUUGCAUAGUAAUCCCUGCUCCAAACUCUCCUUCUCUUCCUAUAUACAUCAAAGCCACUAAUGUCGUUUUCAACCCCGACAUACCAGAUGUUCAUCGAGGUCUUGGAUUAGAUGAUUUUGUUAACUUUCUAGCCUCGUGUAGACUUCGAUAUACUAUCAGUGAGGUUCCAUCAGAGUUCUUUCCAGAACAAAUAUGUGAUUUCUACUACUCUGCAUCAGUCAAUAACGACAACAACGUCACCUCCGGCACCGUUGGGCGUGGCCGUCAUUCAGUAUUCAUUACUGCUGAUCUUUUCAGUGCUGCACUCAGGUUGCCAAUUUUUGAACCUUUUUCUGAGCUUCCAUCCAUUGAACGCUAUCGAUGCCUUUUUGAUCAAUUGGGAUACGAUCACUCCAAGGCUGGUGCUAGAUCAAAUCUUAUUCUGCGUCAGUGUAUGACUCCAGGCUGGAAGUUCUUCACCGGAGCACUUUGCAAGUGCGUGGGCCACAAAUCUCAUAGUGGUGAUCAACUGAGUGCCUUUGAGCAACAAGUGGUAUGUUCUCUUCUUCUCAACAAACGGCUUGAUUAUGGGGCCUUCUUCUUUGAUCAGCUCGUUCAACUUCUUCGUACCAAUGUAUGA